CAUAAAAACAACGUCGGCUAGUGCCCUUUCUGGAUCAAAACGCUAAACCCUUGGCAAACGCCAAUUCUUAAUUUUCAAUUUUCAAAGUUAUUGAAAGCUUAUUUUAGCUCAGCAGAAAUCAAGAUUUCCUCUUUGAAAAUGGAGGCUGGUGGUAAUGGCAAAGAGAGAGAAGAGGAACAAGACGGCAUGUCCGUACAUUCUCCUUGCAAAGCUCCUCCUUCCUCUGCUUCCUCUCUCCCUAAGGAGCAAUCACAGGUUGAAUUGGAGCUUAGACUAUUAGAAGCUCUUGAAAUUUAUCCUCCCGUCAAACUACGAGGCAUUCAUCGCCACUUCGUUCUUUAUGGUCUAAUGGAAUUUCUGCGAAGAAGUUUUGAUCGAUAUUUUUCGCCGGAUGAGGUUUUGCAGUUGCUGGACCGUUUCUACAACAUAGAAAUGCUGAAACCAGAUGAUGAAGAGUCAGAAAUCCUGGGCCAUGAAGAAGAUUUUACUUUGCCUCAAAGUUAUUUUGUCAAGGAAGAGUAGUGGCUCAGAGUUCUAUCAUGUGUUCAUUUCAAUACUUAGUCCUGCUUGUGUUUUCAAAAUGUUAGGAAAACAAGGAGAGGAGAUGCAUAUUGAUUAGAAUCUCAGAUUUUUUUUUUUUAAAUAAUUUUCUGGGUGUGAUCCUUCUCAAUGGUAGCUGUCACAUGACUUUGCACUUGCUUAUUUGGGAACAGAAAUUUGUAUAUACAAGUAGAGAUGAACUGUAGUGCUUACAGAGAACCAGCUUGUCUGAACAUUAUACAUAAAAAUGCUAUAUGGUUUGAACAAUCAACUCUA